GUCGGUCGAUCGUUCGAAUCGCCGACAAUUCUCGAGGCGCGUCCUCCCGUCGGAUGCGCGAGGGCGGUUUCAUUUCCGAUUAUAAGUGACCAAGAAAAGAAAGAUGUCUCCGGGACCAGCAACCGAAAUGCGGUCCAGGACUGAUGUGUCGGGUAAAUGUUACCGCAUUAGGUGAAUACGGUCCGUCGGCGAAAAGCAAGGUUGAAAAAAGCAAAAACCUGGCUUUGUUGAACGGACACCAGUGAGGAAAAUCGUGAUAAAUUUCGGGGGUGAAGGACAUGUCGGGUGAAACAGAAAUUGAAGUUUCCGUAGUUUCGGAAGAGGAUUUGGAGUUGGACGGUUCAAGAAGCAGUUCCACACCCGCCGAAAUGCUACUUCAGGAAAAGAAUGGAAAAGGUGGAUGUGGAUUGGGGAAUCCGUUUAGUUUUGACGUUGGAAAAGCGACUUUAAGGCCGGCUUGCAAUUCGCAAUACACUUCUUUUAGUAUUUCGAAUAUUCUUGGGAGACCGGAAUCCCCGCCGGCGGAUUCGACGUCGGUUUCUGGUGAACGACAAUCUGAUGCGGAUAGAUCGUCGCCACUGCAUCCUCCGAAUUCGCAGAGUGAUCAAAGAAUGAUUUCAUGUGGGAGUCCGGGUUCUAGAAUACUUUCGACGUCUUCUUUAAAACUUCCUGGUGGGCAAAGACAGGUCAAUCAUUCGACGGAGACAAGGAGCAAUUCCGUCGGGAUUGGUUGCACUCUCAGCAAUACUAGUCCGGUCUCAGCUUAUUCCUCCAGUGAUGCGAAUAGUACGUUGAUGGGACAUCAAGCGUCGGCGGAUCUCGCUAUGCUUUCCAGGUUAGGAUUGAUGUCGUCGAUAAUAACAGGACGUUAUCCAGUCAAUAUUGCAGGCGUGGGCAGUGUAUUUUUCCCACCAGCAUUUCAACACCUCCAUCAACAACAACACCAUUCCCGAUUAGCAGCAGCCUCCACCGCUUUGAGCAAUGCCGUUGUCACUGGACAAUCGGAUAUCACGGAUCCUGAUGGUAUCCGAGGUGUUUUACCAGGCGGUCCUGGAUGGCCUUUUUGGAGACCCUCUCAUGGGAUGCAAACACUGGACCACCAUUCUUCGGCUGACAUGGUUAGUUCUUUGAAUCAUGUCAGCCCCGGCUCUGCAACCUUUCCUCAAAGAGAAGACCUGGACGAUGACAACCCAAAUGAAGACCGCCUUCAUCGCACCCGAAGUCCGUCCACUGGCGACGAAGGUCAUGACGAUCUUGGUGACGACAACGACGGUGCAGACGGCGACGGAGAAGGUGAAUCCACUGGCUCAGCAGGCCACCAUGGUACCAGCAAUGGCAACAGUGGCCAAAAUCUGCAAGGCAAUGUCGACGGUCGUGAUUCCGGAAACAUAAAACGCAAGAAGAAGACUCGUACAGUCUUCUCCAGAUCUCAGGUCUUCCAACUAGAAAGCACCUUCGACAUGAAACGCUACCUAUCUUCCUCCGAGAGAGCUGGUCUUGCAGCCUCAUUAAGGUUAACCGAGACCCAGGUAAAAAUUUGGUUCCAAAAUCGUCGAAACAAGUGGAAAAGACAACUCGCAGCUGAUAUUGAAGCCGCCAAUAUGGUUCACGCUGCGCAGCGUCUAGUGCGCGUUCCAAUUCUUUACCAUGACGCCUCCGCUGGUAAUGCAGUUACCGCUUCUGCCGCUAGUGUCUCAGUUUCACCCCAAACUCAACAGUCACAAAAUGCAACCCCGUCGUCUCUCUCACAUUCCGCCGGUGUCGGACCGGUCAGCGUUGGCGUCGGCGUCGGCACAUCCUGUGCGCCCACCACCGCCCAACAAAUCUUUUAUUCCCAUCACCAUCACCAUCACCACCACCCAGGUCACGUACAAGCCCACAGUUUACUCCCCCACCAAGUACACCCACAACCACCACCUCCUCCGCCACCACCCCCGAAUCCACAACCCCCUCCCUCCUCGACUCAAUAACCGACCCCCAUCGACACGUCCCACCUCUUCUCCCAACCCCCUUCGCCCAACCCCUGCGAGCCAUACCUUCACUAUUUCCCGACGAUUCGAACUCGCCCGAUUGUCCAAAUAGUUCAUAUCGACGAGUAAACGAGCGUUCAUGAUUAUAUUAUAUAAAUGUAUAUAUGUAUGUCUACGGUGAGAACACUAUUUUCUAUGCCCGUCCAUAACGUAGUCUCAGAUAGCGUGCUUCCACUCGAAGACUGAGGUAAGUUAGAUCUUAGAAGCUUUGGUACUGUAGUAGAUUUUACUGCAUUUUAGGAAAACACCAUUUUUCUUUUAAUUAGUGAGCCUAUUUACACCAUUAAUUUUUCUAUGGCCCAGGAAUUGAAAGAGCGGUCUUGCCAACAGAAACUCGGGACUAAGUACCUUAAUUCACGACUUAAUCUCGAGUUUAUGAAGGUAAUAAUGGCAAUACUUUUUGCGAUUUAAAGAUAUUAUAUCAGUUUCUCAUCUACAGAAAAGUAUAUGUGGUUUAAAUAUGUUCAAUAAGUAAAACUAAUUAAAAAAUUACUAAAUGAGUUGUCGAAUAAUAUGGCAGUAAAUUUUACCUCAGUAGGCAAAUCUGCUGCGGUGUAACCUGACUCACUUAUUAAAUUUCGAGCGAUUCUUGUACGCGCACGUGAUAUAAUUGCAACUCCUGUAAUGUAUAUUAUUGUUUGUUUGCUGGAUAAUAGUGUAGUAUGAUUACUGAAUGAAUGCUGACUGAAAUUAGUGAAUAAUAAAUAAUGAUGAAUGAGCCUUCUAACUGUGUUUAGAAGCAAAUAAAGAUACUAGUUAAACUAUAUGGUGGUGAUGCUUAUAUCUGUCUGUUGAUUUUUUCACUAAGGCGAACUUGUUCCUACCCCACAUUGAAUCCUGUGAAAUAUCUUCGUACAAACUUAAGGUAUCGUGAAAUAUAUUGUACAAAA